AUGCGUGGCUACCCACCUUUUUGCUCAUCCACACCACAAGAGACCUACCAGAAAGUGAUGACCUGGCGCGAUACACUCGUCUUUCCACCAGAGAUGCCUGUGAGCCUGGAAGCACAUAACCUCAUCUCAGCCUUUUGUAAUGACGCUGAUUGUCGGCUUGGCUCCUCAGCAGGGCUCGAUGAGAUUCGGCAGCAUGCAUUCUUUGCUGGGGUAGAUUGGGAGCACAUACGAGAGCGACCCGCUGCCAUUCCUGUCCGCCUUAAAUCUAUCGACGACACCAGCAAUUUUGAUGACUUCCCAGAUACGGAUCUCAAGUGGCGUACGCCUUCUUAA